CGGAGGAUUUUUUUCGCCUGACGAGCGCGACGUCUGGAGUCCUAGGGCGAUGAUGCUUACAGCGGUUCUGUUGUGCUUGCCGCUAGUCGUUUCGGCAGCGGUGACGGAGCGAUGGGCGAAGGGUAGCCCCUUGCAGGCAGUCAAGCUCGUCGCCCCCGAUGGAUCAGCGAAAGCGAACUUCAUUACUCGGGGGGCCACCCUUACGAAUUUCUGGGUGAAAGACAAGCACGGCAAGUUCCGGGAUAUCAUCCUCGGGUUCGACAACCAUACCAAUUAUGUGACCGAUGCCUUGGGCCACCCGUAUUUUGGACCGGUGGUUGGAAGGUAUGCCAACCGUAUAAAGAACGGCACGUUCUCUAUCCCCAUCUCGAACGAUACCUCGGCGACGGGACCUAACGUGUACCAUACCCCCGAGAACGAAAAUAACGGAACCGACACCCUCCACGGUGGAACUGACGGCUUCGACCGCCGUACAUGGACAAUCGCUGCAACCUCAAAGCACUCCGUCACAUUCACCCUUGUCGAUCCCGAUGGGUACCAAGGCUUUCCAGGCACAGUGCACACCAAGGUCAGUUACACGCUGGAGCCGAAGUCGACGUGGAAGAUCACGAUGCACGCCACGGCUAGCGAGCGGACCCCAAUAAUGCUCAGCGGGCACCAUUACUGGAACCUCGAGGCAUACCAGGAGACCCAAGACCUGUCGGGCCAUUACGCCCAGUUCAAUUCGUCUCGCAUUAUAGGUACAAACGGGCAGCUCAUACCCGACGGCAGGCUUCUCAGCGUCGAGGGCACUCCUGCCGACUUCAGACAAGCCAAGUCGAUUGGGGAGGCUAUUAACGAAACCGUGGCCGGCCAGUAUUGCGGCACUGGCUGCGUUGGCUUCGAUAAUUGCUGGGUUUACGACAAUAAUACGGGCAAAGCACCCAUUUUCUCACUCUGGAGUGUCAACUCCGGAAUCAGGUUGGAUGUGGUCACCAAUCAACCUGCUCUCCAGGUGUACACUUGCGACGGAAUCUACAAUGCGAGCCUCCCCAUUCCCAGGAAAGCCGCUCACGGCGGGAAUGGGACAUACUACACGGACCACUCCUGCCUCGUAGUGGAGCAGGAGUCUUGGAUCGAUGCUAUCAACCAGCCGGACUAUGGAAUUGACCAGAUCUAUGGACCCGGACGCGAUUACCACUGGGAAUCGUCGUACAUCUUCUCUACCAUAUAA